AUGUCACAAUUAGUCACACACAUUUGCAAACGAACUGUGGUGAGCACAAAACCAGUACAACCCGGAAAAUACUACCAAUUAUCGGUCCUGGACCAAGUAAUGGAGCAAAACCAUAUAAGGAUUGUGUACUAUUACGGCUAUCGAGCUGCGAUGGAAGCGGGAGAGACUAUUAAGAAGCUUAGAGAGUCUCUGGCUGAAAUGCUUACAUGGUUUCCUAUGGCGACUGGGAGGUUGCAGAGGAAUGUAAAGGGGGAUUGGAUGAUUAAGUGCAAUGAUGCAGGAGUUAGAAUGAUAGAGGCAAGAGCGAAGGGGAGUGUAGAGGAAUGGUUAAGGAGUGUUGAUGGAGAGAAGGAACUUGAGCUCGUUCAUUGGGAGGAUAUUAAUUACCACAAACCUUACUUUUGGUCUCCUUUCUAUGUCCAGGUGACUGAAUUUGAACAAGGUGGGUUAGCAAUUGGCUUGAGCUGCACGCACUUUCUAGUUGACCUAACUUGUGCCACAAUGUUCAUCAAGGCCUGGGCCGACACAACCUUAACCGGAGACAUGCUUACUCCUCCUGUCUUCCAUGAAUUGCCACCCAGAAGGCCCGGAAACAUGAGCCCGGCCCACAAGCCCUACACUGACUUAAUCAAUCACUACAAAUCCUGUGUCGACCAAUCAAAUCCAGCCACGGACAAGAAGUACGCAACCAUAGCGCUAUCAUUCACAGACACCAUGGUCCAGGCCUGCAUCGAUAUGGCCCAAGCUCAAGGUGCAAGCCCAUCUCCUUUUGAGGCUUUAGCCGGGCUCUUUUGGGUCAGCUUGAGCAACCUAAAACGGGCUGGACAUGGGCUUAUAGACAUGUCCAUAGGCUUAGAUAUGAGAAAAGUCCUGGGCCUGGACAAAGGGUUCUUUGGUAAUUGCAUGGUGUACAACAAAGUCCAUGCAAAUCCUGUCCCUUUCAAAGAUAACAAAUUAUCAGGUGCGGCAAAGGCCAUCGGAGAAGUGGUGGCCAAGAUGGACAAUGAAGGGAUCAUGGAUUUGAUCGAAUGGCUAGAACUCAACAACAACCGAUCAUAUCCCAUGAACGGCUGUGAUCUCAAUUGUGUUAGCUUAGAAGGUUUGGAUCCAUAUUCGGCUUGUUUCGAACAAGUGUUUGAACCGGUUCGUGUUUCGUAUUACAUCGAACCGGUUUAUGGAGUAGGGCAAGUCUUGAUUCUCCCAUCAGCACCAGGUGAGGGUCCACUGAGCAGGGUUGUGUUGAUCACACUUCUAGAAGAUGAUUUGAAUAAGGUGUAUGGAGAUAAAGAUAUUCAACAAUUCUCUCCAAGUAUUCUGAUGGGCAUGGAGUCAAGUCAACAUUGA